AUGUCAUCUUCUUCAUCUUCCCACCAUCAUGCUUUCUCGGGAAUUGAACCUCCAGGCAUAAGGAGUAAGGUUUCUGAAUCAACAAAAAUAUAUGAUGUCUUCAUCAAUCACAGAGGCCCUGAUGUCAAAGAUGCUCUGGCUCGCCAGCUUUAUGAUUCCCUUGAGGAGUUAGGAAUACGUUCGUUUCUUGACAAGGAAGAGAUCGAAAUUGGUCAUUCCUUUCCUUCUACCAUUGAGACUGCCAUCCGCUCAGCUGCAGUUCACAUCGCUAUCUUUUCGAAAGGAUAUGCAGAGUCCCCUUGGUGUUUGGCGGAGCUGGUUCUUAUGCAACAGAGUCAAGCUAAGAUUAUUCCUGUCUUUUAUGAUGUGAAACCCUGGGAACUGCGCUAUAUAGAAAAGGGAGCUUAUGCUGGUGCAUUCAUUGAAUACGGAAAGAAAUCCAGGUACCAGGAGAAGCAUAAGGAGUGGAAGGAAGCCCUCCAAUCUAUUUCAUUUACCACUGGCUAUGAAAUGAAUAAUUUGAAUGACUGCCAAAGUAUUGUAUCGGAAGUGGAGAAGGAAGUGCAGAGGAGAAGAUUUUUGUAUGUUGCUAAAUAUCCAGUAGGUCUUGACAAGCUUGUAGUAGAUUUUGAAAGACGAUGCCUUCGUGAGCUUGUACAAGAUUUUGAAAAUCAAUGUGGAGUGAAUGAAGGGGAGAAAGGGAAGGCUCAGAUAGUUGGCAUUUUCGGAAUGGGGGGGAUAGGCAAAACAACUCUUUCCAAAGAAUUGUUCAACCUAAAGCGUCCACAAUAUACUCGAGCCUGUUUCCUAUUUGAUGUCCGGGAAGCCUCAGCUAGAUGCGAUUUGCCUUCGUUGCAAAUGAAACUACUGAAAGAUCUCUUCGGUGAAAAAGAGCUCACUUUUCAAAGUGCAGAAGAAGGCUCAAGCUGUAUCUGGAAUCGUAUAGAAAGAAGCAGUUCUUUGAGCUUCCUAAUUGUUCUAGAUGAUAUUGAUCACCUGGAACAGUUAGAUGCUUUAUUCAUCACGCAUAUGGUGAAGAAGCCAGGUAAUACUCUGGUAAUUAUAACAACCCGUGAUGUAGGGGUUCUUAUAAGUGCUGGAAUUCAAGUUGGUUAUCAUUUAAAAGGAAUGGAUGUAGAUGAUGCCAGAGAGCUCUUUUCCUGGCAUGCUUUCUCUCAACCACAUCCGGCUGGCGGAUUUGAGAAUCUUGUUGAUGCCUUUUUAGGCGUAUGUGGAGGCUUGCCUCUUUCUCUUCAAGUUCUUGGAAGGCAUGUUCAUGGCAGAAAUGGGAGCUAUUGGAAGGCAGAGCUGGAAAAAGUUGGUACCACGUUGCAUCGAGACAUACAACGAAAGCUUAAAAUAAGCUUUGACGCUUUGGACAAUGAGGAAAAACAAAUUUUCCUGGAUAUUGCCUGUUUCUUUGUUGACAGACCGAAGUGUAUAGCCAUGAGAGUAUGGAGGGCAUCUGGAUGGAAAGCAGAGUCUGGACUGAGAAAAUUACAAGACAAGUGCCUGGUGGAAGAAGCAGAAGAUCCCGUACCUGUACUCAGAAUGCAUGACCACCUCAGGGACUUGGGAAGAGAAAUCGCAAGUGAACUGAGACAUCCUCCUCGCUUGUGGCGUCCUCAGGAUCUGAAAUAUUUGGAAUCAAAGCGAAUCAAAAAUAUCCUAGCUAAAACAAAAGGAAGAUGCUUCCAUUCCAUUUUUGACGAUUCCCUAAACUCUAGAAUUACCUUCUUUUUAGGCCAAUCGGACGAUAGAUCUAGGAAAUCAACUUCGUUGCUUUACCUGGAUGUGAAUCUAUAUUCCUCUCAUAUAAAUCAUCUACGGCACCAGCAGCAGCCAAGAAUUCCUUUAUGGACUUCACUUAAAUAUGUCCAUUUUUUAAGAAUCAGAUAUGGACAUUUCAGAAAACUCUGGCGAGAUUUAGAGGCUCCUUCCGAAUUGAAAGAGCUCGAAAUUGAUGAAACUUUUGUGGAAGAGUUUCCAGAUUUCUUAGGAAUAUCAACUAAUGUGGAAAAUAAAACUAUUGGUGGUCAACACAAGCCAAAACCCAAAUUAUUGAUGCUGAACACAAGUAGAAGAGUUUCAGGGUCCCUCCAAAUGAUUGCUAGCCGAAAGUCUGCUACUGUUAAGCCCCCAUUGAGCUUUCUUGAAGAUUUAGUGGUUAGAAGACAAGAAAAUGUAAUAAGGAUUGCACUUAAUGGAAAAUAUUGUCCAAGCCUUCGAUCCGUCGACCUUUCUUCCAUGAAAAAUCUUAGAGAGGUGCAAUUUACAAGAGUCAGUACGUUGAAUUGUCUUCAGGUUAGCAACUGUGAAGAUCUCCAAAGAUUGUCAGUGACAUCCGAUCUUACAAAGCUAGAAGACAUGAACAUCAGUGCAUGCCCUGAGCUUGAGGAGCCAAGCGUUGGGGGUUUGAGCAGUUUAAGAAGGUUUUCUAUUGAAGAUUGUAAUUUUAAAAGUGCGCCAGGAAUAACCAGUUUUGAGAUGCUUUUAGAAUUGAACAUUAAUAGAUGUCCACAGAUUCAUGAGUUAAGUCUUGCACAUCUGAACUGCCUGGAAAAAGUUGUUAUUAACAGUUGUUAUAAUUUGAAAAGUGUUACAGGGAUAUCUCGUCUCCCAAAGCUUGUAGAGCUAAGCAUUACUCUCUGUUGGAAGCUUAAGCUUGAGUUGUGUCUGGUGAGUUUGAGAUAUCUGAAGAAGAUAGUAGUUGAUACGUCUGUCAAGGUGAAAUCUUUUGAGCUGGAUGGUUGUAGUAGCUUGGAACAAGUACAAGGAAGGUAUGAUUUCCAAGAGAUUCGAAUGGUGAACAUUCGUGACUGUCCGGAGCUUAGGGAAUUGCCAGCUUUUUUGGGUGGAAGUCGCCUGGAGACGAUUACAAUUAAUGGAUGUGAUAAGCUCAAUUACCUUGAGUUGACCAACUGUGCUAUUUUGAAAAGAUUUACGGGUGAUUUUGAUCCUGAGGUAUUAUCCAUCUUGGAUUGUCCAAUGCUUCAAGAGCUGCCAGGUUUUGGGCAUGUAAAAUGCCUUGAGGAGAUUCGUAUUUUCCGGUGUGGGAGCCUGCAGAACAUGACGUUCCCAACAACUUUGAAGCGUCUUGAGUUGAAUGAUUGCAGAGAACUCAGAGGUAUGUCAGCAAUAUCCGUAAGAACAGAGUUGGUAGAAUUGAAUAUUAGUGAUUGCCUUCAGCUUGAGGAGUUGAGUAUUGCACAUCUGAGCUUGCUCGGAAAAUUAUCACUUGCAAAUCUGAGAAGUGUGUCAGGGAUUUCUCAUCUUACAAAUCUUGUAGAAUUGAGAAUUCAAGAGUCUUUGGAGGUCGAGCUGUAUCUCUCAAGAAUGUCCGGUUUAGAACGAAUUAAAAACAAUAGUGGGAAUAUCUGA